CGCAGCAGAGUGGCGGCGUCCAAGUAUGGCGGCGGCGGGCUCUCUGUCGGCGGUGCGGCGCUAAGGCGCGGCAUGAAGUGCGGUGGCGCGGGCGGCGCGCCCGGCGACGAGCUUUUGCUGGGCUCUUGCUGGCUCGAGCCCAAGCUGGACGCGCCUUCCCCGCCCUGUCACGAGCUGCUCGACUCGCUGCUGUCGCCCCCGCCGCACGAGCUCAAGCCUCUACCCCCCUUCACCGGCUACACGGGGCAUCUGUCCAUCAACGGCAUCUCCGGACACCACUUCCACGCCAUCGCUCAGCGCCUCCCCGAGGAAAACAACAACUACCCCACCCAGAGCGGCUACAGCACCGACCACGACGUGGUAUCCUCCUCUACCUGCGCUGCCGACUCCGAGCCUCCGGACUUAGAAGACGUUAAACCCUUCCCUUUGGAUUCUGACACGAAACCGUUUCCGGAAUCGUCAGCACCGGUUGCUGAUUCGUGCGCUAAGUCGUGCUCGCCGCGGACUAAAUUCUUCGACGAUAACAACAAGCAAGACAUGUAUCCAUGCGACAUUAGCUCUAUGGAUGACAUAGCGGCUAUCAUCGGCUCGGCAAUAGCUGACACCACCGUCCCGUCUCAACCCGAAGACCCAGAAAAAAAUGACUCAAGAGACAGCUGGAUGGAUAUAGAUGCCUGGAUUGCGGGUGCUUAUAGCCAGCAUGGAGACAAGAUUGUACCGCAGGACUUAUCUGAAUUCGGUCUCCCAGGUUCCCCACCACCUUCACAAUGCAGUCACCAGUCUAGCAUAGACUUUCCAUGUAAACCCAGUCAAGAAUUCCUAAAAAGCCAGGAGUUUCUGCACAAAAACUUAGGGCAAGCGGGCUCGACGCUGCAAUCAUUACUCACGCAGAGUUACAUGCCAUUGCUUCAAAAUAGACUACAAAACGGUCCCCCAGUAAAGCAAGAAGCCCCAAGCUCAACCAGCUAUGGAAUGGAUGUUAUAUCUACAUCAUCGCCUCCCGGUAACGCCGUGUCCACAACAGACGGCGUGGGCAGCUUACUAAACGGUCGGUACGCCUCGCAUUAUGCACUUGGGCUAAAACCAGACGGGCUUUGCAGUCCAGAUAGGCUACUAGGUUAUCCACACGCUCACACGACGACAGUGACUCCCUCGAAUAAAAGCAAAAGAAGUAGAGCGAAGGCAAAGCAAGCCAGCAAUGGACUCCACGGGAGUUCCUUGUCGUUUGCAUCGGCGACGUCGGCGGAACUGAGUGGGUUGCUCGGGAAGGAGAAGCCAGUACACCGGUGCGGGAUUUGCAAUAGAGGUUUCCUGAAUAAGUCCAACAUAAAGGUGCAUCUUCGGACGCACACGGGGGAAAAGCCGUUCCGAUGCGACGUGUGCGCGAAGGCUUUCAGGCAAAAGGCGCAUCUAAUAAAGCACCAGCAAAUCCACAAGCGGAUCGGGCGGGACUAG